GACUAAGUACAAUCCGGCGCCUACGCCGCUAACUGCAACCACAUGGGACAUCUUUCCUAAACGAAAAAAGUACAUAAUAUCACAAUGACGAUGAAGUCGAUCUUCUUGUUUGGUUUGGUGGCAGCAGCGCUCGCAGCUCCUCAGCCUCAAAAAUCAGACCAGACAGCGGAAAUCAUCAAGCAAGAUUUUGAUCAGCAAGUUGACGGUUCAUACCAGUUCAGCUAUGAAACAGACAACGGUAUAAAAGCGGAGGAAACGGGCUCUCUGAAAAAGGCAAGCGGCCCGGACGCGAGUGACGUGAUCAUUGCUCAAGGGGCUUUUAGCUACACAGCACCAGAUGGCACCGUCAUCUCUCUGAACUACGUUGCUGACGACGACGGUGGCUUCAAGCCUGAGGGUGCUCAUUUACCAACGCCGCCACCGAUACCGCCAGCAAUCCAGAAGGCCUUAGACUUCCUUGCAACCGCGCCUCCUCCACCAUCCUCACGGAACUGAUCCUCGAACCACUCGCCGGGCCACGUUUACAAACGACACCGCAGCCGCACCAUGCUAUAAAUAAUCUAUGUUAGUAGAUACCGUUUUGAACACAGCUGUUGAGCACAAUUAAUAAUGAUUCAUUUUUAUAAUGCAAAUUGUAAUAUUUCUCUUUGGAUUUAUGACAUGCUCAAAACGGUAGCUAAUUACAAAACAUACAUACUUAUAUAAUUAAGCAAUUAAAAAAAAACGUAUGAAAACAUGUAAAUACGACGACUGAACUGUGAUAGAAAAUUGCUUCAUAAAAUGAUAUAAUUAUUUUUAACUAAUAAAAGCAAAAUCAGUGCCAAAGACGCA